CGGAAAUCGAGAGCGUGUGUUUCAUGACUCACGAGUGUUGGGAGGAAAACUUACUGAGUUUCACAGACGCAGUUUCAGACGCUGAAACUGAGUCUCGCUGCGUCUAGAUUUCAUCCCUAAAAUAGCGGAGUGCGUUGGAUUUAUCCACCGCGGAAAGCGAACUAAGAGGGAAUAAAAGGUGUGAAAAUCAUUCCGGCCGCUGGCUGACUCCUCCGCUGCAGGUAUCCAGAGAACCAGAGCUCACCAUGAAUGAUACAGAUAAUUUGACGACACCGGCCCCGCACGCAGACAAAGCUGUGACAGAGGCGACAGAUGUGACGACUUUAACGCUCCCCACACAGGCAGACACCACCAUCACUGAGGUGGUAACAACAGCGGUCCCCCCAGGCCCAGACUCUGCUGUUAUUGCAGUGGUUAUUGUUCUCAUCCUGCUGACGUUAGCUGCUUUGGGCUUCCUGCUGUACCGGUAUCUCUGCCACAACAAGGGAGCGUACAGGACGACGGGGGAGCUGGCUCCAGGAGAGGACCCCGACGAGGAGUACACGAACCAAGGCGUGAGCGAAAAGAAGGAAUACUUCAUAUGAGCCUGGUGGAAAAGUUUUCAGGAGUCAGUGUUGCUUGAAGGAGGGAAAAAAGGAUCUGCGGAUGGUUGAUUUUUCCUGUGUUUUUGAGGGGAAACCCGCUCCAGACUGCGCACUGUUCAGAGAUUAGCUUAGUUUAAGAUGUUCUCCAAAAAGCACAAGUGAAACCAAAGAUUGUACAGACUGUGGGAGUGAAUGUUGAUGGACGUGAAGCAGGUGAAACACAACAGGUGGGUGCAGACUAGCAGAGCAGGGCACGGAACAGGUGGUGGGAUUUAAAAAUGUCCACAGUUACAGAUCAGAAAAUACUCAGCAACAAUGUUAAGUAGGACGAGCUUCUCUGCAACACUAUUUAUCAGCCAUAUUUCUCUCUUUAGUUUUUGAAAUGUGUUUUCAGUCAUACUGUUUUUUUUUUUUUUUUUCCUAAACAAGCCUUGUAUAAGCAUAUUGUGGUGCUAUUAUGGGCUGUCGCUUUUAUAGCAGUCUGCUUUUAAAAUUCUAGAUUUUGUAUGCAAUUCUUUUAUAAGCUAGCCAAAAACAAUGUCCUCUUUGUUUUAGGACGGCUAAAUGUUAUUUUCUUUUUUGUAUUUGCAACUGAUUUUGUUGUGCGUUAAUUCUCCACCAGACAUUGUUACUGACGACUUCCUUAUUUGAAAUAGAGAAUGCAAUAAAACUUUUUUGGACUAAAGGCAA